AUGGAAGCAUUAUAUGAUGAAGAACAGUGCGAAAAGUUUGUUUGGGAGAGAAAUAAAGUGUUUCAAUUAAUUGAAUUGGUAGAGGCUCGUCCAGAAUUGUGGAAUAUCAGGUUGAAGGAGUAUAGGAAUCGAAACCUGAAACAACAGUCCUUGGAAACGAUAGCAACGUCUUUAAAUUUGGGUGUUAAAACAGUAAAAGACAAAAUUCAUAAUUUGAGAUGCCAGUUAAAUGAGCAUCUGAGAAAAAUGAAAAAGUUCAAAAGUGGUCAGGGCGCAGAUGAAAGGUAUAAACCGAAGUGGGAGUUUUUUGAGGCUGUCAAGUUUAUGAAUAUCCAGAUAAAUUCAACAAAGGAUUCAAUUGUCAGUGUUGGCAGUGCCCCUGAUAUUAUUACAGAUGUGCUGGACCAUCAUGAUGAGGAAAUGAAAGAUAAUUCUGGGUCUUGGCAGACUCCUGUUACAAAACCUCAUAAAAAUAAAAAACGGGCACCCGAUUCAGUUAAAAAGGAUGAUGAGUUGCUGAAUGAAGCUUUAGCUUGUUUACGAGCUCCGAAAGAUCACUUGGAUGUAUUUGGAGAGUUUGUUACUGCAGAGUUGAGAGUAUUACCCUAUGAAGAUAUCCGAAAUAAAUUAAAACUUAAGAUUCAGAGAGCUAUUUUAGACGCACAUGAGGAAGUCAACAUGCGAGGAGUAUCCUCCCCCAGUUCACAGUCUAUGCUGUCUCUGAGUAAUUUGAGUGAGUACUCCGGUUCAUCGAGCACUCCAGUAAUAUGCCAGAUAAUUUCUCCAACGCAAAACGAGACUACUUUAACGCAAUAUUAUGACAAAAUGUAACAUUUUCUCAUACCUUCAAAUAAUCAUUUUUCAAUUCCAAGUACAGAGCAU